CGGCAGCUUGCAGAAAAGGAAGUUGUUUCCUGUCACAAAGAGAUAGAAGAACUGAAACGCCAGAAGAAACAGAUGAAAGUGAUCUCAUCCUAGAAGUGACUGCUGGAGUUGGGGGGCAGGAAGCAAUGCUGUUCACAGCUGAGAUGUUUGACAUGUAUCAACACUAUGCUGCCUAUAAAAGUUGGAAUUUUGAAAUACUGGAAUAUAUGCCCAGUGAUAUAGGUGGUUUGAGACAUGCAUCUGCCACUGUAGGAGGUCUUGAAGCUUACAGACACAUGAAGUUUGAAGGAGGAGUACAUCGUGUACAACGAGUGCCUAAGACAGAGAGGCAAGGACGCAUUCAUACUAGCACAAUGACAGUAGCAGUAUUACCACAACCCACUGAGAUAAAUCUGACAGUUAAUCCCAAAGAUUUGCGUAUUGAAACAAAACGAGCCAGUGGAGCUGGUGGUCAGCAUGUGAAUACCACAAACAGUGCUGUUCGAAUAGUUCACAUUCCCACAGGUGUGGUAGCUGAAUGUCAACAAGAAAGGUCUCAAAUCAGAAAUAAAGAAAAUGCUAUGCAGGUGCUUCGUGCCAAAUUAUAUAAUAUAAAACUUGAAGAAGAGUCAAGAAAGAGAGAGAGUGCCAGAAAGGUUCAGACUGGGACCAAAGGAAGGUCUGAGAAGAUCAGAACCUACAACUUUCCACAGGAUCGAGUUACUGACCACAGAAUAACCAGAUCAGUGUAUCACAUUGAAAAAUUCCUGUUGGGAGAAGAAUUGCUAGAUGAAAUGAUACAGACCCUAAGAGAAUACGCUGAAUAUGAGACACUAAUGGAAGUCAUUUCAGAAAGUGACCCAACCAGGCUGAGCUGAUCUUCAUCACAUUCUAACUCCACAGGUAUGGA